UAACGACGGAGGAUAUUGUAGUGUGGGUGUUAUGAUGUUUAUCGUUACACACAGAGGGAGGAUACCGAUAACAAUGACAACAAUCAGUAUUGUCACCGCCAACUAAAUAUAAACAUAUUAAUUUAUAAACACUUCUAUGUUACAUUAGGUUGGAUUGUGCUUCUGAACGGAUCUAGCAGAUUUAUGAUUCGUUUGAGGUUGCGGAGAGCGUGUUUGCGUUGUUUGAGUGGUUGUAUGAUGACUCGCCAAGGCUAAAGAGAACUCCGUGACUCCCAACAGACUAAUUGAUCUGACGGUAAUCAGUCAGGUUUCAUACUCAGGAGCCACUCAGGACCAGGACAAUACGGCUACCUGAUGAAGUAAUAUUUCUCUUCUAGAUUUCGGACAAUUCCUUUCUAACCAAAGACACAUACCGUUUAUUGGUACCUUUUUCCUAACGGAAAUGCUGGCCUGUAUCAUUUCUGAAGAGUAUCGAUUUAUACCUGGUAUCAUAUUGUGCAAUUAGUUUUAAGUCUAGUUAUUGUAGCCCUCGUGUAACCGAUAUGUGUAUUCCUUAGAAACAAGAUGAGAACUUUGUUGAAGUUAACGUUACCAGGUUUACUUCAUUAUGCAAUUCUUUACUGCGAUUUUCUCGGCAGAGCAACUUUGCCAACCAGCAAAUGACCGUUACAUUCGUUAUGAAAGACGUUCAGCGAAGUCUUAGAAAAGCAGUUUUGUCAUAUGGAAUAUGACAGUUAAAUCACAACAUUUUCAAACUUUUGGAAAAAGUACCACAACAAUGAUGGCAUAUUUAAUCGGGUACGAGGUAUUCAUCAUUAUUUUUUCUGUAAUAGCGCAGCCUACUCAUGGAAUAUUGUGGGCAAACGUGAGUGGUGACGUCUUUUUGGGUGGCUUAUUUCCAAUUCACAGAGCAACAGACAACGGCCGGUGUGGGGGUAUCCACGAACAGGAUGGCAUUCAAACUCUGGAAACAGCCGUCUGGACCUUAAAACAAAUAAACGACAAAUCUCAAAAUCUCAAAAUAGGCCUUGUUAGUAUGGAUACAUGUGAAACGGAUACGGUCGCCUUGGAGAACGCGUUAGAAUUCGUCAGCAUGGACGGAGUAACUUUUGAUUUAGAUCCGGCUGAAGAUGGAUAUGUUUGUCGUGAUGGAAGCAUCCCAUACCGGAACUCCACUACUGGUCCAGUGCGUAUGGGCAACAGGGCGGUCGGGGUAGUUGGUGCAGCGUUUAGUCAAGUUUCUAUAGCCGUUGCAAGCUUCUUGCGACUUUUCAAAGUACCACAGAUAAGCUAUUGGUCAACUAGUCCAGAACUAAGUGACAAGGGUCGCUUUUCCUUCUUCAAGAGAACUGUUCCCUCUGAUGCCUUCCAGGCCCGAGUAAUCGUUAACAUUCUCACCCAACUGGAGUGGUGGUAUGUCGUAGCUGUUUACGAACAGACGACCUACGGCGCAAAUCUGUACUUUGAGAUGAAACGUUUGGCUGAGGAAGAAGGCAUCUGUUUUGGUUUAACAGAAGAAAUAAAACUUUCAAAAGUUGGGCUUGAUGACGAACUAGAAACGAUAGCACACAGGAUUUCGGAUGCCAAAAACACACACGGUAAAGUUGUCGUCAUACUCAUCACUCACUACGGCCUUGCCAAGUCGCUGUUCCAGGCGGUUGACCGGAAGUCAUUGGGAGACAAGGUUCGCUGGAUAGGUGUUGACGCAUGGGCAGGGCGACAAUUUGACGAGACCAUACAACAGGUGGUGAGCGGGGCCAUAGCUGUACAACCCUUGGCCAGGAAGUUGAAGGGUUUCGAUGAAUACUUUACCAGCCUGACUCCGGCAACGAACACAUGGAAUCCGUGGUUCCAGGAAUACUGGGAGUUCCAUUUCAACUGUAAACUCUCGGAUAAAUCCACAAGUCCGUGUACGGGCAAGGAACAACUCAGUGCUGCUAACGGAUAUGAACAGCUCCAGUCCCUUUACUACGUACAGGACGCCGUCACAGCCUUUGCUGACGCCCUGCAUAAAAUCCACCAAGACGCAUGUGGACUCUACUACCGUGGAAUCUGCCCUAACAUGGCCACCAAACUGACCGGAGAGACGCUACUGACGGCCCUGGAUAACAUAGAGUUCAUAGAUCCGUUGGGGUUUCCGUUCCAAUUUAUCAACGGUACUGACGGACCUCCACGCUACAGCAUUAUGAUGUACAGAAAGAACGGCGACAAGUUCCAGUGGCAGGAAAUCGGAAACUUCACCGACUCUGAUGGUCUGUACCGGUUUGACAUCGAGAAGCUGCCAUACAACGUGUCUGUCUGUUCAUCCGUCUGUGACACUGGUGAGGAACGACGUGUUACGGCCAGUCGGCCAUGUUGCUGGUACUGCAAACAAUGUACAAAGGACCAAUACGUGUCAGACGAAUUCACUUGUGAAACAUGUCCACAAAGCUCCACACCAAACAACUUACGUAAUGCUUGCCAUCCACUUCCUCUAGAGUUCGUUUCCUUUGGCGAUCCCGUCGCAAUAUUUGCUUGUGUGUUUUCUAGCGUAGGAAUAUUGUUGUGUUUGUUCGUGCUUGUGAUCUAUAUCCGGUUCCGGUCAACGCCUAUUGUAAAAGCUUCUGGUAUAGAGCUCAGCUUUGUCUUGCUAGCGGGAAUUGUAUUAUCCUAUGGAGCAACGUUUAUGUUUAUGGCUAAACCUUCACCAGUCAUCUGCGGCUUCAGACGUACCUUAUUAGGAGUUUGUUAUACGGUCUGCUAUGCUACCAUUUUGACGAAGACUAAUAGAAUAUACAGAAUAUUUUCUAUGAAAGAAAAUGCUAAAAUUCUAAGAAUGAAACGAUUUACCAGCUCCAAGUCGUCUCUGGUGAUAACGAUACUUCUUUGUGCUAUAGAGUUAGUGGCAAUAGUUGUGUGGUUGAUAUUCGAUCCGCCAAAAGCUGUACAAAUGGACUACAAAACUGGUGACGCAAUCCGUAAUGUUUUAGUUUGUCAUGAUAGUAUGGACUUUUCCUACAUCGGAGUGUUAAUAUAUCCUUUUAUACUUAUGAUCAUAUGUAUUGUUUACGCUGUGAAGACAAGAAAGACUCCAGAUGGAUUCAACGAAACUAAGUUUAUAACAUUUUGUUCAACUUCGACAUUUAUUAUAUGGGUAGCAUUUAUCCCUACGUAUUUUGCUACGAGCAACUCUUCCUUAAGAGUAGCCUCGUUGACCAUGUCACUGUUAGUGAAUGCCACUGUAAUAUUGACCCUUCUAUUCUUGAGGAAAAUCUACAUCGUGUUAUUUAGACCAAUGAAAAACACACGUGAGAAAGUUAUGAGUCGUGCGUCACUAAGUCAUGACCUCGGAGACAGCAACUGCAGCAACGUUCAACCACGACCAGCCUCAACGUAUUCUAUCAGCAGACAGGACGUCAAAGAGACUGUAAGGAAGGUUAACGGGAUAAAGGCCGAAGUGGUGCGUAUGGACUCGGAAGGAUUCUCUGUCCCAUCCCCCGGUAUUGGCAGUCUCGGAAUGAGUCUUAGCGGCUCGCAGAUGCUCUUGGAUAUCACAGGAAAUGUCCACGAAAAUAACGAAAACUCUUCCCGUCAGGCAAUACACGUUCUCGACGGUAAUGUAGAAAAUGGUCAUAGCACUAGUCCAGCUGUGACUAAAAAGGGGAGGUCACUCAAAGUGAUCCUCCCCGAGAUCAAACUGAACGACAUCCCUUUGUCUACGUGAAUGUUUGUAGCUGUAUAUACAUUGUAAUUUUGAUAUCUUCAUUUAUAUAUAUCAUAGGAUUGUAUUUUUAACAUAACAAUGGCUCAGGGGAAAAGCCAGGCGUCUGAUUCUUAGCCAAGAAAGCAGGAUCGGUGACCAAAGCUAGUAGUUGAACCAAUGCAAUAAUCCAUAUAAUCCAACAUUGCCGGUAAGGUUAAUAAAUAUCUCAAACAGUAUCAUCUAGAUUUGAAUUCUUUCCGGUUUAAGUCUGUCAGGACACCCUAAGUGAAUCUUAUUGUUUCUGAACCAAACAUAAUUGAAUGUUGCGGCAUACAAUUGUUAAUUAGCUGGACAUUUAUUAACUUCAACUAAAAGUAUAUAUGGUUGAUUGGUUCAAAUGUCAUUGCACGCUUCUCUCAUGACUUAAGUAAAUAUUAUAAUGCCAUAGAUUCAUGAAAUAAUCUAUGAUGGGUACAACUGACUUACGAUCGUUAUAACUUUGACUUUUGAUUUAUAAAAUAGAUGCAUGUACAAGUAAACAAAUAACAACGAAACGCUUCCCGCAUGGUCCUGUUGUGCAAAUCAUUUUAUUGCAAAUGAAGAUUGAAUUUACAUUGGAUAUCGUAUAUAAUCUGUUGUGAUAUAAAACAAUGAGCAAUUUUA